GCUGUUCCCCGGCGGACGACUUCAGCUCCGGCGAGCGCCUUCGAUCUCAGGCGACAAAGUUCUGCUACGCGCAUGUACCGAGAUCCUCCAAUUGUUUUCUCUGAUGCUCCUCCGGCUGGAUCCGCUGCAAAUUGGCAUACCGAAGAUGGGGCGGCAAAUGAGGAGAGUUUUGUUCAGCAACCUUUCACAAGUCAUGGUGGUGGGGAUUCAGGUGGUGUCCUAAACACUCACGGUGGAAUGCAUGAUGCAGAUGAGGAUGAUGAUAUUUCAUCUCAGCCACUUCUGCCCUAUGUUGGCAUGGAAUUUGACUCAAUUGAAGAUGCCCAAAAGUUCUAUAAUGACUACGCAUUUGGAACGGGUUUUGGCUCACGCAUAGCUUCCUCAAAGAACAGCCAGAAGAAAGGUCCACAACAACUUAUCAAGAGGGUCUUCCAAUGUGUGCAUGCUGGCAAACCGGAGACUACAUGUGAGACAAGCAGCCACUCGGAAGGAAUUGCAGCAGGGGGAAGCUCAUCAAGCAAGCAGGCCGGGGUUGAAAUGGAUGUGACAGUCAAGCGUCAGAGGAAUCGGAUUAUCCGUUAUGAUUGCAAAGCUCAUAUGAUUGUUGGCCUCAGGGGCAAUAAGUGGGUUGUUACCUACUUUGUUGCACAGCAUACACACCCUUUGAUGCAGCAUGAGGAGAUUGUGAGGUUCUACCGCUCACACCGCAAAAUUCCAGAAGAAGAUUACCAACUACUGAUGACAAUGCAUGAUGUAAACUUGUCAACUACAAAUUGCAUGGGAAUGCUUGGAAUGGUCCAUGGCGGAGACCGGAGGAAACUGCCAUAUGUGAAGAGGGAUGUUUCAAAUGCGCGUUCCAAGCUGCGACAAAAUCAGUCAUUUCAGGACAUGGAUAUGACGGUUGCUUACUUUAAGAGGCGUCAAACUGAGAAUGCUCAAUUCUACUACGCAACAGAAGUUGACAAAGAAACAAACGAAGUGACAGCUCUGUUUUGGGUGGAUGGAAGGACAAGAGCAUUGUACCCAAAGUACAAAGAUUGUGUGUUCUUUGACACAACAUUUUGCACAAAUCGGUACAAUCUGCCUUUCGCUCCUAUUGUUGGUGUGAACAACCACUUGCAAACCGUGCUGCUAGGUUGUGCCUUGGUGCCAGAUGAACAAAUAGAAACUUUCAAGUGGGUGUUUCAACAUUGGAUGAUUGCAAUGAAUAAUGAGCACCCGUUGAACCUAAUGACUGACCAGGACAAGGCAAUGGAAACAGCAAUAAAAGAUGUCUUCCCAAACACAGUGCAUAGGUGCUGCAAAUGGCACAUCCAGCGAAAAGCAAGGGAAAAGUUGGGUAGGAUCCUGAGCAUGGAUGAAAAUUUUGAGCAGGUUUUCUAUGGGGUUAUCAAUGAUUCGGAGACGGUGGAUGAGUUCGAGGAGAAUUGGCAGCAUAUGCUGCAUUGCUUUGAAUUGGUUGACAACAGACAUCUAAGCAACAUGUGGCGUAAGCGAGAGACAUGGGCUCCAGCAUACUUCCAAAAGAACUUCUUCCCAUUUACAAGCACUACAGGGCGGUCUGAGGGUCUCAACUCCUACUUCAAGACAUUUGUCAACCCUCAAGACUCUGUCUGGAGAUUUGUACAACAAUAUGAGGUGCUUCAAGAAACAAUGUUGGACCGUGAAGACAAUCAAGCUUUCAUAGGCCACGCAACAACUGCACCACUUUACUCAAGGUAUGUGUGUGCUUUGUAGAGAGAAAAAGUUAGAACAGGGAACUUGAAAAACUCAAAAUCAUUGACCUUUUCAUUGCAACAUUCAGGUACAACUUUGAGCACCAAGCAGUUCACUUCUAUACCCGAAGCGUGUUUCUCAAGUUUCAAAAAGAGGUCAUGGCAUCAACAGGCUUCAUCAUGAACCUGGCCCCUGCUCUUGACAAUGCAAGCGUGAGGUUUGAGCUGCACUCAAAUUACUUUGAGAACCCCCGAAUAUUUUCAGUGAAUGUUGUGUUGGCGAGGAGAAGUUUGAAUGCAGCUGCAACUGUUUUGAGAUGAAUGGGAUUAUUUGUGCACACAUCAUAAGGGUAAUGGUGCAUCUCAAUGUCCAAAAAAUUCCACAAAGAUACAUGCUAGAGAGGUGGUCAGAAGCUGCGACAACGGCAAUGAGCGGUGGUGGAUGUCUCCUAGAUUUUGGGCACCCUGCGACCAACACUCUCAAGUACAACGCCUUGUGCAGAAAGUAUACAUGGUUGGCUUCACAAGCUUGCAGCAACGAUCUUGCCUACAAAAUAAUGAAUGAUGCAGCUCACCAACUUGAGCCCCUCAUAGCUGCAGCAAAGCAAGGGGCGCUCCUAGAACAACAAGAAGCAAAUCAGCCGCAAGCAAUGCAACAGCAACAACAAACCCCCGAGCCAACCACUGUGCCGCAACCUGAUGGCGAUGCCAUGCUUCAGAACCCCGCACGUGUUCCAAAAAAAGGGCGUCCGACUGAAAAAUUAAAGAGGAGAAAGACUCUGAUUGAGCAACGAGAAGAUGCACAUAAGAAUAAAGAUAAGAAAGAUGAAAAGAAGCAAACCAAGCCCAGAGGAAAACCUGGACCAAAGAAGAAAGCGCCUCCUUGUUCGUACUGCAACGAAGAAGGUCACGGUGUCCAAACAUGCCAGUACUUGAAGGCUGCAAUGGGGGUCAAAAAAUGUCCCUACUGUGAAGAGCAAGGUCAUGCUGUGCAAGAAUGUCCCUACCUAAAAGCUGCAAUGAAGACAGAUGCUAGCAUGGCUAGAGCAACAGAGCUUAGGCUAUGAUCAACUUCGACCAGAAAAAGAAAAAGAAAACUCUCUUGCUACUACACAUUUGUAAUAUUGGUUACAUAGAUUAGUUUCUUGACAAAGAGAAUGGUGCAAUUUACAUUAGAGGACAAAAAGUAGUUAUUUCAUCA